AAGCGCACUCACAAGCGCAGGCGGAGAGAAGUGAAAGUGACAGCGGGGAGUUCACCGAAACGGGGACAGAAAGAGGGAGAAAAGAAAAGAGCUGAACGUCAAAUCGACCGACGUGUUUCAUGACAGGAACAAGUUUAAAGCCGCAGAACUGGUUUGCUUCGUUUCCUGUUGCUAUAAAGUUGCGUUGAGUCGCACUUUAAAUGCACUGAGCCCGGUGACAGCUUCGACGGAGACCCGGACAGACACUCUGCCGACAUGGAGAAUGGAAAGAGCCGCCUGCAGCAGACCCAGGAUGACGUGGAGGAGUUGAAGGACAUCAUGCUGGACAACCUGAACAAGGCUGAUGAGAGAAAUGAAAAGCUGGGUGAGCUGGAGAACCGAGCUGAAGAUCUGCUGGAAAGGAUGAAUGAAGCAAGCUGGUCUCCCUGGGUAUGACAGAGUGAGUCCAGGACAUGCCACGAGGCGAAUGUCCGUCCGGGGGUCGACAAGCAGGUCACAUCGUUCCCACAUUGCCCUGCAAGCAGCCGUUUACGAGCAAAAAAGGCCAAUAUAAACCCUAUACUUUGCCCACAUAGCUGCAAAUAACAGACAGAAAGAAGCAGAAACAUCCUUGCGCUGGCCAGGUGGCCACAAACAUGAACAUUCAUGUUGUAUCUGCUGGAUCCAUGCAGCUCAAUAUAUUAACCAGUCAAUCAAACUGUAUUUGGAUAGCACCUUUCCCACAGUGUUGUGCAGUUCAAAGUGCUUCACAAAUGACUGAUAAAUCAAUGAGAGAUAACAAGUAAAGAAUGAAGUAAAACUCAGUUAUAACUUUGAAUAAAUUGAUUAAAAGACAAAGCAUAAGAAUGUAAUUUGAAUGCCAAAACCUAAAGCCUCCUUUGGUGAAAUUGCAUUUUUUAAUUGUCAGCAUGUCCUUAUGGUGCUUUUUAUAUUCAAGAAGACACAUCAUGAGCAAAAUAACCAGCCAAUGCCAUGGCUGAGAAUUUCUACAAUGAAACUGAAUUGGACUGAUGACAGUCUCAAGAACACAUAUUCAGACUUCCAGGGAUUAAUAUGUAACAAAUCUAAAGGAACCAAUUCUGUUUACUUACAGGGUGGGGCUUUCUUUAUUCUUCCUCUGAAUCAGUUUCUGGUUGGAACAUGUAUGGCUGAUUACACCAAUAUUAUAACUGUGAUUCUCAAUUUAUCCCACCAUUUGUAUUCGUUGUAGACGUUAUAGAGCAACUCAGCGGUGUGGAAACGAUGUCACAAGCUUGCAGACCCACUAGAACAGUCGUUUGAUGCAUUAUUAAUAUCGAAACAUUGAAUAUGGCCUUCUAAAGACGUUAGAACACAGCUAUGACAAAGAGUUCCUCUUACAUACAUGUAGAAAAGAAGCUGUCAAACCUUAAAUGUAAUCUGUGGUUUAUUGUAGCUACAGAUACAGGUAUUUCAAUGUAGCAAGAUGUAGCAUGAAGUGGAACUACACUUUGUAUAUCGCUUUGCAAUAUAUCCGUCUCUCACCAUGACCCAUGAACAUGAAAUGACAGAACAGUGACAUGCAUAUACCUCAUGAAAUAGCGUAGGCUAUGCAACAAAAGCAGGAACAGGAUAUAAAAUGUCUAGAUAUGAGGAAUGUAUGUUAGCAUAAGGAAACAUAGCACAUGGGGUGAAGUAUUGAUUUAUAUAUGACUGAUUAUGCCGAUGAUUAAACAUUAACACACUUAAUUAGUGGUAACAUGGGUGUUAAUGGCGGUGUAGUCCCGACCUCACUGGACCAUUUACUGUAGCUAGAUCGCACUGUGGGUCCACGACAGAACAUGAAUAUUUCAGUGUCAGGUUAUCUUGGUCCUCAUACCACCUACAGAUGUGAUUUUUGGAUAGGUGAUACAAAGACUUCCAGUGGAAUACCGAUGGUGAAAUUGAUCACAACAGGCUCCUGGUGUAAUUCUUUUAUUGUGACAUUAAUGGCGGUUCCUCCUGAGAAUAAGUGGGUUUUCACGUUCUGUGUAGUGUCCAAUGUGGCAGUUUUAUGGUGGAAGUAGAUCCAGAACUUAAACAAAAAGAGUGUUUGUUACCUGGUGUGCCCCAUCUCGCUUGGCAUUCUAUAAGAGCCAAGCUGUGUCUGCUACAAAGAUGUGCUUCCUGCACUGGAUAUGUUUUCUUAGUCGUUUUUUAAGAAUCAUGGAAGUUCUGGAUUUGUCUUUUCCUAUGAUCGCAAUUAUCAGGCAUUUAAAACCAAAAACAUGAUGGGACAUCUUCUAAUUGUGUGUGUUUUUUU